ACCAUAUCAAAUAGAAAAAAUAUUUUUUGGAUUAAUCAAAUUUAUUUAUAUGUUCUCACCAAUUUAAUUAUAUAAGUAAUAGUUACCGUCAUUUUAAUUAUUUAAUAUAUAUUUAUUAUUUUAUAAGAUGUUAUAAACAUAUAAUAUAUAAAAAAAAUUAUGUAUAUAAUGUUCAUCCCGCGCAAGGCGCGGAUCUUAACCUAGUGUAUCAUAUUACUUAAACUGUAUCGUUAUUUGUUGAAUCAUAAUUAUUUUAAUGGUUGUUGUACACUUAACACUUGGAUGUAAUUUCUCUUUUAAAUAAAGUUUACUUGACAAAAAAAAAAGUUUACUUUUUUAUUUUUAAUCUUUGCGGGUGAGUGGAAGAUGGGAAAACUAAUCAAACUAUAAAUAGAUGUCACACCCACGAGUAGAAAACAAGGUUUUCUAUCGGAUUCGUCUCUCUUCCACCCACUUUCGGUUCGUCUCUUCUGCCUCAAGCAUACGUCUCUUGAACACCGUUAAUUGUUUUGGUCAAAUAAACAUCGUUAAUUGUAGUUUGUUUCCAUCUGUCUCGGCGUUUGACCUAUAACUUUUGGGAUAUAUAGACGUCUGAUGUUGCUAGUCUAGGGCUUUUUUUAACUCUGUUUUCGUUAAUGCUGAUUAUGUCGUUUGGUUGCAACUCGUAAGCUAUGUCUCCAUAUUACCUAGGCGGCUAGGCCUCCAAAUAAACUUGCGUUUUCACUUUUUUUUUUUUUUUUGCAGAACAGAUGGGAAAUCCAAAAAUGUUAGUUCUAAAGAGUUGAGUCAGAGAUCUAAGGAAGAUGAGGACAGGAUAAGCAAUUUACCGGACCAUUUGAUAUGUCAGAUAAUUUAUCUUCUCUCCACAGAGGAAGCUGUUAGGACAAGCGUUUUAUCCACUAGAUGGAGACAUGUUUGGCUUUGGCUUCCUGGUUUUGAAUUGAGUUCCAGAAAUUUCUCAGAUACCAAUGCCUUUGUGAGCUUUGGUGACAGAGUUUUGGAUUCUAGUAGGGUUACAUGCAUACGGAAACUCAAGUUAACUUUAGGGGAUAAUGCAAACACUGUAAAGGACGGCUCUUUUUUCACGUCAUGGAUUGAUGCUGCAAUAAAGCUUAAGAUCCAGCAUCUAGACAUUGAUUGGGCUGCAUACGAUUUUUUCACUCACCGUCGCCUAAGGUUGCAUAGCUGUGAGACACUGGUAUACUUAAGACUCUCCAACUUGUUCUUGGAUGAUGAGGUGUUUGUUGUCUUACCUUGUUUGAAGACAAUGUAUUUAGAACAAAAUUGGUACUCGAGUGAGACUACUCUGAAGAAACUUAUCUCAUCAUGUCCCGUCCUUGAAAAUUUAAAUAUUGUCGCAUCUAAUAGUGAUGCACAAGUCUAUCAGGUGCACUCUCGGUCACUGAAGAGACUCAGCAUUGAAAGAAGAAUUCUCAAAGUGUUGGAUGGUGUGCCUGGAAUUGUUAUUGAUGCUCCUCUACUAAGCUGUUUGAGCAUCCAUGAUCAUGAAUCUAAAACCUUCAUAGUAAAAAGCAAUUUGGAGUCCAAUGCAAAGUUAUAUAUUUCUCUCAACUAUGGUUUAGUUGGAUCUGAUGUCUUUAAAAGUGUUUCAUCCAGAAGUAGCUUUCGUGACUUUCUUACUGGGAUUUCGAUGGUCGGGGAUAUGACAAUAUCUCAAAGUACAUCUCAGCUCAUAUGCCUAUACUCGAAGCUAGAACCGCUGCCUCAAUUUGAAUACAUGUCGCGCCUGUGCGUUUCUCUCCACGCGACCAAUUCGAUAUGGCUGAAAACAUUUAUUAGGAGUUUCCCUAAUCUAAGAUCCCUCAUCUUGGUACUGAUGAAUCUGCUAAUUAAACUCAAUGAUAUUUUUCUCAUCACUAUGAGUUUUCUGCAAUAUCAUUUCAUCAUCUUUUUUUUUCCCCCUCAGGAACAAAUUGGUUAUGUGAAUUACCCUGAGCCACAAUCCGAGGAGGAGAAUCCCAAGUGUUUUCUAUCGUCUCUCGAGUUUGUUGAUAUCUAUUUUUCAUGUCAAGGACGUUAUACAGACAUGAAGUUGGUAAGUUACAUCCUUGAGAAUUCAGCAAUCCUCAAGAAACUCACUCUAAGUUGGGAUCAUCAUUCAACAAAAGGUGAAAUCAUUAAGGAACUGCUCAAAAUCCCAAGACGCUCUACCAAAUGUGAAGUUGUCAUCCUUGGUUUUAAAAGACAAGCGCCUUUGUCGCCAUGGCGCAAGGCUCACCAAGGCGAAGGCCCUGACGCCACAUACCUCUAAGGUGGUUGACUCAAAGCGGACUAGAAAGCUCGCUUUUGAGAUCUCAGGGUGUUUUGCCUUCUCACUUCAUCCCUCUACUCUCUUAUUCUAACUUCAUCUCUGUGUCUUCUAUGUCUCCACCUUAGAAUUUCCUUUGUAAUCUUUUAUCGCUUUGAUCACAUAUUCAUAGUUGAAUUUCCAAUGUUUUUAUCUGAUUGCUUUGAUCACAUAUUCACAGUUAGGUAUAAAGUUUACUUAACUGAUCAAAUCACAAAGACUUCUCUCAGAGACUCAAAAUUCUUGUUUUCUUGUUUUUUUUUCGGAAUUCCUUAUUUGAGCGAGGCUACAAAAGUGCAACUCAUGUGAGUUUGAUCCAAACGACAAACCCUAAAGAACGAGAAAGAGUUGCAGUAGAUGCAUGACACUAAAA